CACAAAUGUUGCAAUCGGCAUUUGGCAAUUGACAACAACUGAAACGGAAGUACAGCAACGGGCAACAUGCCGCCAAAGAAGAAACUGUCCAAAAAGGAGAAGGCUCGUCUCGAGGCCGAGCAGGCCGAGCUGCUGCGUAUCGAAAUGGAAAAGGAAAAACUGAAGAAGCUGGAGGAGGCACGUCAGCGUAAGAAGCUGGAAAUGGAGCAGGCAAAGCAUCGCCAACAGCAGGAGGUGGCCGAGAAUCGUUUGAGACGUGGUCAACUCAAGGAUAGCAUGCGAUUCUUCGAUGCGGUUCACACCGCAAUUGAGGCCAUCAAGGCGGGGGAACGACACGAACGAGAUUGGGAGAAGUUCAUGAGGUGUAAUGGUCUACCGAAUGCAGCAAGUGCCAGCGAUCUACGAAAAUAUAUCCAUCAGUGGCAUGCGGACAUCUCAAAGAGGCAGAGUGAGGCACGCAACUGGCUGCUGCGGACGGAUGAGAGGACUCUCCUCACCCAGGAUGCCCAUGUGCCAGAUUUGACGCGUGUCUCACUCAGGCAACAGCAGGGAAAUCUGGGCGAUGUGUAUGCCCAACGCAUCAAGGAAGUGCUAGGCAUACUCAACGAGCUGGAUGAGUCGCUGCUCUAUACCAAGGAGCGCUCGGCACAUAUGGCCGCCGAUUUGGCCAAGCUGAAGACGGAGAUGAGGGUCUUUCUCAAACAGCAUUUAGAUGAAUUUACACACAAAACCAUGUCCCACAUUGAACGUGACAUGGAAAUUGAUAGGCCUGGCGUAGCCAAGCACAUCUACAGCUCCGAUGUAUUUCAGAGCUUCAUUUGGACCUUCUCCAAGGAUGCCCAAAUCGCCGUUAAUCCCAAGGCGCGAAUUGGCGAGCAAUCGGCCCACAAUGAGAUCGAUUUUCCCACCAUCGAGAUGCUCAUCUCCUUACCACCCACUGUGCGCCUUCAGAGCUCGGCGCUGCGGGGACUUUGGUUGAACUAUGACCACUUCAGUGACUAUUGCAGCAGCUUCCAGCUGAGGCAUGCACGUUCUGAAAAUGCCACUAUUCUACGUCAAACGAAGCGGGAGUGGCGAAAGCGCAAGGAGAUUCUACAAUCUAUGCUGGACGAGUGUGCCCGGGAAAUACCAUUGUCGGAGCUGGAGCAACUGACGCAGGAGCAACAUUCGGCCAGCUCACAACCAACAAGGGAACGCAGCUACGAUAUCGAUAAGCUGUAUGCACAAUACGAAGAUGAGCUGAACAAGGCCCGACGUCGUGCUAUUGGACCAGAGGCCUAUGGCAUGCUCGAGACGGAUGUCAAUCUGCGCAAGUAUCGCAUUAUUGGCGGUGUCUAUUGCAUCGAUUUCCUAGAGACUCCGCAGCAAGAUAAACAGCUCAAUGCACGCUCCUUUAUACGCACCGUUGACGCCGCCAAUAGUCUGUUGCACAAGGAGUACUAUCAGACCUAUCAUCCCCCGCCUCCGGUGCUGCCCGGUGUUCGCCGUCUGCCCGAGGAAAUUGAGGCUGAGAUGCGCAUGAUUGAGGCGGCGCUGGACAAACUGGCAUUGGUCACCCUACAGCUACCAGAUUCGGUCAUCUGGUUCGAGCCCCCGAUUGCCUGCCGUUGGGAGACGCACCUCGAGACGUUUGAGUCGCAGUUGGCGGAUGGAGUCAAGCCGGAUGCGGCUGCAACUGCCGCUGUGGCAGAAACGACAGCCACGCCCACGGAGGCAACACCACUGUCGACGAAUGCGCAGCCCAGUCCGCUGAAGAGUUCACCUCGCGGUCCGGCCAAGUUGCGCUCGCACAAGUCCGAUUUGGCUGGGACACAGGAACAGAAGUUGCAUGAAAUCGGAGACUUUGAUCUGCGUGCGAUACCCAGCAAUGUGGAUCUGUAUGGGUUGGUUAAGGACUUUGUGGUGCCACGACUUCCGCAGGGUUUUUCCGUUCGUCUGGAGCAGACAACGCCGCAAUCGAGCAGUGGGAAGCCCCAGCGUCAGGUGAUGUUCCUGGCGCGUCAGGCGCAUAUUCGGCUGGGUCAGGUGGGUCAAUCGGUGGUGCAGGCAUCGGUGGUACCAAUUGCACCAGAGGCAGCAACUAGGCCGGGCAUUGGAGCUGAGUUUCUGGACACAGAUGAGCCGGCCGAGCUGUUUCCGCCGCUCUGUUUUGACAAGCUGCUCAAAUUCCGAGCACAGUCGCGUCCUCCGCCGAUUACGCCCAACUCUUGUUAUCUCUUCUCGCAGCUGAUCGAGGACAUGGAUCGUUUGUGGCAACUGCAGCUGCCUCGGGAGCGGCAGGAAGAGAUGCUGCAACAAAUCUCUGAGCACCUUUCGCCCAGCGGCUCACAGCACGAUGUUAACGAGGAGCUGCCCGAGGAUAUGCGUCCACUCAGCCAGGAACUAGUCGAAGUUCUCCAACCCGCCACAGCAGCUGCCGCUUUCGCCUACUACACGGGCAUUUCUUUUGUGCGGGACUCACAGCUGCCCCCCCAGUCGGAGCCUGAGACGACACCCAAAUCAGGUGGCAGCCAGGACAGCAGCGAUGACGACGAAGAUGACAACGAUGACAGCAUCCUGGAGCUACUUGAGGGUGGUGCCGGCAAUGACUCCUCGGCAGGAGCAACCCUUCAGCAGAUGCUCAGUCGAAACACCAACAGCAACAACGAUAGCUGCGACAGUGAAGCGCGCAGACAGAAGCUCAGCAGCACGGCGGCCAUUACCCAGGGAAAGUGGAGCACCCGAGAUGUCCAUGACACCAAGUUCAAUGAGGACAAGCUGUCCAUACAGUUCCGCACUGGUCGACUGGGAAUCUUUGGCUUCGCCUUGAACAAGUACAGUAAUAUGCCCUAUCAAACCUGGGACCUACGACCGGAUAUGAAGAAUCUUGGUACAAUAAUAUUCAGUUUUACCGCCUCGUUAAUCAGCCUGGAUAUGACCAUUACUGAGGCGGGCUAUACGGUCAACAAUUUUCAAGGGGGCAGCACACAGGGUAUAACCGAAAUGAUUGGCAAGACCUUGUCCCUGAAUGAGCUGAAGGCAACGCUUAUUUUGUCCGCCGUGGACAUAUUUCCGGAUGAGGAUGCUUUCUGCUAUACAGAAGGCUCCUGUGAGAAGAACUAUGUAAUGGAGAUGCAUACGUAUGCCUGCAUAUCCACACUCGCCCUCUCCCACAACUUCAGCUGGUCCAGAUGGAAUCUAUUGGCGGGCUCACGUACCGCUGUGCUGCUCAUUCGGGAAUUACUUGAGGGUAAGAAGGUCCCGUACUAUUCGACACUUCUCGUAACGCCCCUGAAGACCUCCAUUAUCGACUGCACCGAAGUCUCGGCCAGCUUCAAUGCGGUGGGCAUUGCCGGCAUGGAAUACUAUGCGGAUCUCUAUCAGCUUUCUCAAUCUCAUGCCCAACCCGUCAGCCUCGAAAAGCAGCGUACUAUGAGUCCCCUACUCAGGGAUAAUGUAGCUGGCAUUCUAAAGGGCAUAAGACCGCUCAGUUUGUGUUGA